UCGCCUGGAUGCUGACUCCAGCUCGGGGGCUGCUCAUUCCCCCGAUGAGCGAGGGCACCGGCACAGGGAGAGCCCCCUCCCCGCGCUCCGCUCCGCGCUCGGGCUGAAGUUUCUGCACGAGGACCUGCUCCGCUUUCUCAAGGAUUGUACCGCCGCCGCUCGACUUUGCGCCUCCAGACGUGCCUUCCCCGACCCCUAAGAUGAAGAGGGCGAUAGCUGAAGGAAGCAAACUGCUGAUUUUGGUGCUUUGCUUGAACAUCCAGUCAGAAGUGGAGUCUUGCCCUGGAGCGUGUGUGUGCUACAGUGAACCGAAGAUCACAAUAAGUUGUCAGCAGCAAGGACUGACAGCAAUCCCCACGGAGAUACCCAUCCAGAGCCAGCGCAUCUUCUUGCACAACAACAAGAUAACCCUUGUGAGGUCCACCAGCUUCACGUCGUGUCGCAACAUGACAAUUCUUUGGAUCCACUCCAACAACAUCAGCCUCAUUGAGCCUGGAGCCUUCUACGGACUCAACAAACUGGAGGAGUUGGAUCUCAGUGACAACACGAACCUGAAGUCUAUCAAUCCCGUCACUUUCCGUGGUCUUGUUCACCUCCACACCUUACAUCUGGAUCGUUGUGGGCUCAUGGAGCUCUCCACGGGGCUUUUUCGAGGGUUGUUUUCCUUGCAGUAUCUCUACCUUCAGGAUAAUAACCUGCAGAACCUGCUGGAUGACACCUUCAUAGAUCUGGCGAACCUCACCUACCUGUUUUUGCACGGUAACAAAAUCAAGAGCUUAUCAGAGAACGUCUUUCGUGGGUUAAUCAACCUCGACCGGUUGCUUCUGCACCAGAACAGAGUCAGCCUGGUCCACCACCGGUCUUUUCACGACCUUGGGAAAGUGAUGACCUUGUAUCUGUUUAACAACAACCUGACCGUGCUCACAGGGGAAACCAUGGCACCCCUGGUGUCCCUCCAGUAUCUGCGCUUAAAUGGCAACCAAUGGAUCUGUGACUGCCAGGCUCGGUCUCUCUGGAAUUGGUUUAAGCAGUUUAAAGGGUCAUCUUCAGAGCUGGAGUGCCACCUUCCACCACGCUUGGCAGGGAGAGACCUCAAAAGGCUGCAGAGCUCUGACUUGGAAGGAUGCAUCGACUCUUUCAACCAGAUUCGAACGAGCGUUUUUAGCACUAAGACCAGAUCUGGUAAACUGGCCACCGGGAGUCCACCUCUCAGCUCCCAUGAUGGCUCCAUGAAGUGCUGCCAGUCAGAAAUGGAUAAAUCUUUUAUAUACGAAGCUAAAGGCAAGGCAGGUCCUUCUUCCCACAGCAGCCGGCCGUCCUCCAACAACCCUCUCAAGGAUAAGGAGAACAUGUCCAAAACCAAGUACGUUGAGACGGACCCUUCCAAAAACGGCAGCAACAAGCAGAUAAACGAUUCCCCUUUUGGGACCUUCCCCAGCAUUGUAGACCCUCCAUUGACCAAGUUGAGACCAGAGUUUCUAGAGCCUAUUGAACCUUCCACAGUCCCAACCAAAAAGAGGCAGGGCUGCUCUAAAAAGAACAAAUCAAAGGCCCAGUGCCGCCUCACCCAGCAAGGAAACAGCUCCACGUUACAGCUCAGCCUAAGCCUUUUGAUCCCCCCUUUGGUGUGGAGCUUACUGUUACUCUGCUAAAAUUAACUCUUUUUCCUGGGUUGAUGACACUUUAAUACUAGACUUUUGCUGACCUCCAUAAAUGUUGCAAACAAAAGCAAACUACCAUCCGCCCCGAGAAAGCUUUGUUACACAAAAGUUAACUGGAUGCCUUUAUAUAAAAACAAAACACACACACACAAACAAAAAAAAACAACACAAAACAAAAGCAAACAAAAAAGACAAACAAAAAGAUGUACAUAAUUUAUUUGUCCUGAUACCUGUGAAUUAUACCUUUGGUCUUCGGAACUGCACUUACUCACAAAGCAGGUUUUGCUACAGCAGAUGAGAAAGAAAUAUGGUUUAUUUACAGGAAAAAAAAAAAAAAAAAGUGUAAGAAAUGGUCUGAAAAGAAUGUCUGAAAUCUGUUUGUAACUUGACAUCACACUGAACAGUAUUGCAGUUUCCCAUUUGCAGAGGUAAUGAAUUUGAUGCUGUUUUAAUCCUAUGUUUAUGAAUAUUGCAGUUUUUUCCGUAUCCAUUCCAUCACACCAUGUUUACGGGCAGCAUUUGUUAAAGAAUGCUACCUUUUCCUUCACAAGAUUGCAGUAUAUAUAGA